CUGGCGCUUACGACCACGACAGCGACCACAGCCAUAGCUAUACCCACCACCGGAGCCUACUAGUCACGCUGCUCUGCCCACGAUGUCCUCUUACGACGCCCUCCAUCGCCAGUGCCGAACGCUGGAGAACCUCUUCGAUGCGAAGCUCACGUCCUACGCGCAACUCGCGUCUGCUAUCGGGCGCCCGGGGCACGAUGUAGAGGCGGACGGUGCGCCGUCGCGCUGUGCAGAUCUUGAAAUGGAGCUGGAAGAACUCCUGGAGAAGCUUGAAGAUAACAAUGCCCAACUCGCCACCCUCGCCGCCACCCCCGACGCCCUCUCUCCCUCUAUGCAGCGCGCCGUCCAGCGCCACCAGGAACUCUGCCGCGACUACGCCCGUGACCUCCGACGGACUCGCGCCAAUGUACAGGCUGCGCGAGAUCAGGCGAACUUGCUAUCUGGGGUGAGGAAUGAUAUACAAGCAUACAAAUCCUCCGCGGCAGACUCUUUGUUGGAGGAGCGAGGGCGCAUUGAUAGCUCGCAUCGAAUGACGGACGACUUGAUUGCUCAAGCCUACGAAACCCGUGCCGACUUCUCUCGCCAGCGCGCAUCACUGGUGGGCAUCAGCUCGCGUAUGCAAGGCGUCAUAUCCCAAAUGCCGGGCAUCAACCAGGUCAUUGGCAUGAUCAAGUCCCGCCGACGACGCGACGCCAUCAUCCUCGGGGUCGUGAUUGGGUUGUGCUUCAUCGGGCUGGUUAGCUAUGUGUGGAGUUGGUGAGCUAUGACCGGUCGGUGAGGUGUGCUUGAGGUUGAUGAGCAAAGCAGAGGUGGAUGGGAUCUACUUGUCAUGGUGGAUG